AUGGCAACGAAAUAUGCUGUGAAGGUCCUGGAGGAGCUGGGACUAGUAUCGCUCUGGAGCUCCACCAUCGAUACCAAGCUCCUCUGCAUUCAACGCUUUGUUCGAUUGUUUGCCUAUGGCGGAUCAACCCUGAUUCUAGUCUCGUACCUUGAGGUCUUGGGUAUCCCGAAAUGGAAGAUUGGUCUGUUUAUGACACUCACUCUAGUGGGAGAUACUCUGAUCAGCUUCGUUCUGACUCUCUUUGCGGAUGCCCUGGGUCGGAAGGCUAUUCUAGCACUGGGAGCUGCACUUAUGACACUUGCUGGAAUCAUCUUUGCCCUAUUUGGUAACUACUGGGUAUUGCUUGCUGCUGCAAUCAUUGGUGUCAUUAGUCCAAGUGGUAAUGAGAUUGGCCCUUUCCGAGCUAUCGAAGAAUCGACCCUCGCACAACUCACUCCUUCAGCUAAUCGCGGAGACAUAUAUGCCUGGUACUCCCUCAUUGGCACAGCUGGAGCUGCCUGCGGAAUGAUGACAACUGGGUGGCUCCUAUACUACAUGCAAGAGACAUUGGGUUGGACUGUGAUCGUCUCAUACCGAUCUGCAUUCUGGGGAUAUGCUUGCGUUGGCCUGAUCAAGCUAUGUCUCGCUCUUGCUCUCAGCAGAGCUUGCGAAGCCGAGAAGAAGAAGCCAUCCCCGAUUGCGGAUCCAGAGACUGCUCCACUUCUAGGAGAUGGGGCUGAAGAUGAGGAACCAAAGAAGCAGAAGAACUGGCUCACGUCCAAGCUGCCAGAAAUCAGCCCGAGUAGUAGGAUCAUUGUCAUCAAUCUGUGCAUUCUGUUUGCUUUGGACGCCUUUGCUUCCAGUCUUGCUCCUCUUUCCUGGGUAACAUGGUUCUUCCGCUCCAAAUUUGGCUUGACGGACGGAAGAUUGGGCUCGCUAUUCUUCACAACCGCUAUCAUUGCCGCUGCAUCUAUGAUUCUAGCCUCCUCAAUCGCAAAGCGAUUUGGCAAUGUCAAAACAAUGGUCUUCACCCACCUCCCAUCCGCCAUAUUCCUCGCCCUGAUCCCCAUCCCAAACUCCCUCCCAUUCGCAAUGAUGUUCCUCAUACUGCGCUCCUGCACACAAUCCAUGGACGUGGCGCCUCGCUCCGCCUUUCUCGCCGCAGUCGUCCUUCCCCACGAGCGAACAGCUGUCAUGGGUCUCAUCAACGUAGUCAAGACAUCUGCUUCGAGCCUGGGACCACUUAUUACCGGUAUCCUGGCUGAUCAUAAUGUGGUCUGGAUUGCAUUCGUUGCGGCUGGUACUUUGAAAGCUACGUAUGAUUUGGGUAUGUUGGCUGUGUUCGCUGGACAUAAACCACAGGAAGAAAGAGCGGAGGAGGAGAGGCUGGCGGAGGAAGAGCGGUUAAGAGAGACUUUGACCGAGGAUCCAGAAGAACAUUAA